GUAUUUCAGUCCCCUGCCUGCUUCUCCGCCGCAAAGUCGGUCAAGUAUAUAAGACAAGUUCAAGGCGGCCGCGUAACUCAUUUCCCAGUUGGACUCGCAAGCUGUGUGACUGCCUAGUUCGUUCACCUUCCCAGACCUGAAAGACACUUCCUCAAAGAUGAAGAGUAGGACGUUAAGCUUGGUGUACCUUGCCCUGAUUUCCGUGAACGCCCUGGUCUUGCCUGCCCUGGCCAUCCCUCCUCCCAGCAGCUCACGGCAAGCGCGCAUCUCGUCCGUGCAUGACGCCAGCGUCGUUUAUGGCAACAGCUACGAUGAGCGCAAAUACGACAGGCCGAACAAGAAAUUGGUCAGGCAGGACGAGGCCGACAAUGACAUUGCCAGCAACAGCAUUCAGGAGAAUGGAUUUUCUUGGGGAACAAUGCUGAGCACCGUCAUGCAGAUGCUCUUCACACCUGCCUUGAAUGCCGGGCCCAACAAGUCUGACAGCAUCGACACAGAAACCGGAGUUUCCACCUCCCCAUGGGCCAACAUCUUGGCCGUCGGUCUGAAAAUUCUUUCAGCCAUCCUGGGCGGCGGCGGUGCCUCCUCCGUUGACGGCAUCGACAAAGUUGACAACGCUUCUCCUCUGCAGGGUGUGCUGACUGCAGUUUUGUCGGCAGUGAUGGGCUCCAAGGAUCCGGAACAGGUGUCCACUAUGGCCAAACAGGCUGGCGAGUUCAUCAACAUCGUCGUCAAUCUUCUGGAUGCUCUGAAAACGUCUUUCAGCCAGCGCUCCAUGCAGGCCAGGUCGAUCGGACAGAAGGACGUCAUGUCUGAGGCUGGUGUUGCUGGAAUCAAUCUCCUCAAGACUUUCAUGAGAUCCGUUAACACUUCAAAUGAUGAGUGCAAGAAGUUGUACAUUUGCGAGGGUAGCAAGAGCUGCCAGAAUGACCUCCAGGGUGGCAGUACAUCUCUCUGUCUCUUUUCGACGUACUCGGCUAGUAUGCUUUUGGAGAAGACAAGCGGCUCUCCGUUCUCCCAAUACUACGAGGCGGGAAGACGGGGCAGAAGUGGAGACAACUGCUACACUACUUACGAAACCUGCAAUGAAAUUUAUUAAUCAAGCUAUUUUUGGAGUAGACUAAAUCCCUUAAUGUAUGCCAGUCAGAGGAAGCAAUACUUUUUGUGAAAGAAGUCUCUCUUAUCCUCCCAAACUCUUAAGUUAUUUGCCGCAAAUUGGCUCGAACGCAAAUUUCAACUAGAACAAGUUCUAAUUUAUUUAAAUUCUCGCGUUUUUUGGUGAUUUGCGCUAGAAACUAAACUAUUAAAAGUGACGCAUUUUUCUAAUUACAAACACAAGUCAUAGAAAUAAAUUUGAGACAAUUUACGUUUUCUUGAGUAGAAAUUCGGAACACUGGGGUGAUACAUGGUCAUACAUCGAAAAGACGCGCACAUCAUUUCUCUUCCUUUCAUUUCUCUGUUUUUAGUUGUAAGGAAUUCUGAAUCUCUCUUUUAUUACUGAAGCAUUUGAUUUGUGAAUUUCACUUGAAAUAAGAAGGCGGGCGUUUGCCGCCUGUUCAUUGGUGCUUCUGUUAAAAAAUCACUCCGUUAGGAAUUUUCUUGCGCAUUUUAAUUUAUUUAAUUUAUUGCUUUUAAUGAUUAUUUGUCGAAUGGAGAUAUUACUUUUUGCUGGUAAAUAGGAGCAUUGUGUACACAAUAUCAGGGAAGCCUUUUGCAGACGACUGUUUAGUGGAUUUUUGUAUUGCGAUAUAAUCAUGGACCAUUUAUUACUUUUGUUAAACACAAUAUGACUGACUAAAGAAAAAUUAAAAUUUAUGUACGGACAAGACUUUGUGACAAGUUGACCUUUUGUGACAAAACUGGACAGUAAAGAUGACUCCGUAUAAAAUUUUCAAACAGUGUGAAAUCCAAACCAACGGACAACGAUCCACAGAUUUUAAGGAAAAAAGGCUUCUAAAAAAUAUUUUAACAAGAAAUUUUUGGGGGUACUUCUAAUUCAUUUCUGGUUUGUGUGAAUAAAGUAAUAUUUUUCAUUGAUGAAUAAAAAAUAAAAAUGAAAUAAAAAAA